CGAGCGUCAACAUCAAAAUUAGCAAGCAUGAAAAACAAAAGACCGGCUGCAGAGGUUGCGACGGACUACUAGAGUCGUUUUGCCUCUGUCUCACGGGGUCUCAACUGGGGGAAAAGGAGUACUCAUUUACGAUCAACGAGAGUCGUUUCUGUCGUCUUUCUUGGCCUCCCAAUCUCGCAUUUUUUGAAGGCUCAUAUCGCUUCACUAUUUGAUUUUCCGCCCGCCCGGACAAGUAAGUUGAUUGACCUGUGAAACAUCGUGGUCGGCAAGGAAUGAUAGAACUAAAACUAGUGUCUGCUGUUUCUUUAUUCACGCGACACUACUGCAACCGGUAAAAGCGGUCUCCGUGUUGUCACCAACUCCAACGCGAUUGUGAUUUACCGUUUUCUGAUUUUUCGAUACUGAAGUUUUUCAAAAAAGUACUCUGACACGACCAAAAUGGACCAUGACGAAGAAGACAUUUAUGGCGACCUCGGGGUGAUUCCCCCACCCGGGAAGCCGGACACGGAUUCCCCGCCACGGGAUCCGCGUCGCUUCGCACGGCCACCGAAGAACAAGGCAAAGCCGCCUGCUGCAGCGGCAGGUGCCGCGGCGAGUACUGUCGCUGCAGCAGCGAAAGCAUCGCCGCCUGCGGUGGGAUCAUCCGCCGACCAGCAGGCAGCCGCAACCGCUCUGGCCGCAGCACGCGCCACGCGCACUUUCUCUGCAACAACGGAUGCAACAGAGGCGGAAGCAGAUGUUGCCGCGGCACCGGCAAAUGCAUCAAAUGCCACAACAAACGGAACCGAUGGAAGAAACACCACAGGCGCCAAUGCAGCCGCCACGUCUUCUUCUGCGGCCGGCACAGCCACUGCUGCACCUCUUGUCUCUUCACCUUCUGUCAAAGCAAGGCGCGCGAGUCUGUCGGGUCGGGGCUUGUUGCAACUCGAGCCUAUCACUCUGGAUAUGACAGUGGCCAACGAUGUAUUGCCGCGGAUCCGAAGGCACGAGGCGAGAAAGCGCAGAAAAAGAGCCCAGAAGGACGCGGGCAAGUCCCCCUCGCCGAAGCAGCGAAGGGUGGACGACGCGCUGAAAGCGGAACCGGAAGAUCUUGCGCUGGCAAGUGCAACCGGGACGAGUGGGGUUAAUACCGACGCAGGGGCCGCGCCAGAAGCGAGUGGAGAUGGAAAGAAAGAAACCGACAGUGGAGCCGCGGGUGCUGGUGGAGAAAAAAAAGCGACCAAAGAAACUGAGUCUUCCGGGGAGAAAACCGAACAGGAGGAGCACGACGAAGAGGAGCCCUCCGAGGAAUUGCCUGUGCCGGAACACUUCGACAAUUUACGAGAGAGAACCCAAAACUAUCUACCCCCGAUUCCAAUCGGCUUGCCCAGUGAUCUCAAUAAGCCAAUCAAGCUGUCAGAUUUCGCGAACCGCGUCACGCUGCCAACAAGGAAGGGGAUGUCUAAAAAGGGAGGCCACGGUAUGACUACGAUAGCCAAGGCUCGUUUUCGAUUUUAAUAAAAGUCCGUCGUAAAGCAUUUUUAAUUUGCGGAAAAAAAUUCGCGUAUUUUUGUCGGUUUUCUAUUCGAGUUUCAUCCGGACAUCGUCAUCGAAAAAAAGAAAAAAUAUCGGAUUUCAAUUGAAUUCAACAGCUAACCCCGCCUUCCGCGAGCGCGUGCACGAUGUGCGAAUGGCCGCCCCUCCCGGACUUCCUGAGGGAGGAGGCACUGCGCGACACUGCAUCUUGAUUGCAAACCUCCUCUCGACCACAAGCUCCACCGCGGUGCGAAAGAAGGCACAAGAUUUUGGCAGUCUGCGCAACAUCCGCUUUUUGGAGCAGCCAAGAACCGGGAUCAGUUUCGGAGUGGUAAAACCUUUUUUAGCCUUCCUGAUUUCAGUAAAAGCCGUCCUUAUUUCUUGCCUAGUAUAAUCAUAAUGCCGCUGCUUGCGUCUGCUGGGGUUCUUCUCAAAAUCACAUUUGCAGUAUGACUGUGAUCAUCGAAGAAUCAAUGAAUGCGUGUCAGGUUGUGGUUGAGUACACGACUGAGGAGGAAGCUCAGAAAGCGUCCGAAGCCCCCAGCAUCCACUGGCAAACGAACAAAGAGAAGCCGGUGGUUCGCAAAAUAUCAGAUGACGAGUUCGCCCUGAUGGUCGGCGGCGAAGUGCCCUGGCUGGAAGGCGGGCCCUGCGAAACCGAACUCCGGAAAGCGCUAGAAAUCAAGCUCUUUGGCCAAGCAGUUACAGUGCAAAUCCAACUGGAUCACGACCGUGACGUCGAACUGGCGCGUCGAGGCCGCUUAGAAAAAACCGCCGGCGCCAUGCGACAGCUGAACUCCCAACAGGGAGGGGGGAAGGGAGGUACAAUGAAAAUUUUCAUUUUGAAUUGACCUUUAUAGAUACUCGUGCUCGGAGCAUUUUCUUCUAUUCUUCUGUUUGGGAAGUAGAUUGGGUUGUUCAUGGGACCAGUGCCAGGCCCCAAGUAGGGUCUUUUGGCUUCGGGAAAAUGGAGUUCACAUCUGUGGCAAAACGAAUUGAAGAUCUUCUUGCGUUUGCUAAAACAGGCCCCAACGACUUCGGCGGCAAAGGUGGCGGACAGCGCGGCGAUAGUUCCAUCGUUCCCUCAAACCUGAAGUCCCUUGUGAACAAUCGGAAAAGCCCAGUGAAACCCAAUGAUCCCUCUCCCCGAGGUGUAGCAAACAACAUCCCCUCCAAUAAUCCAGUUCCCUACGGCAAUUUUUCCGGCUCCACUACCGCAGCGACUAGCUCCCACGCGCCCCCACCUGUGAUCGGCGCAUCAUCCACCACUGGGACGAACCGUGGCUGGACCCCGCUGCCCCCGCGCUCGACGGCGCCCCCGGUCGCGACGCUGCCGGGCCAGGGCCCACCCCCACCCGCCGUGAACUUGCACGCAUUACCGAACGCACAGCGCUUCGGCGGCGGCAAGGGCGGCCGCGGUGGCGGAGGACAGUACGGAAAUCCGGGCGGACCAGGAGGAAACGCGCCCCAACACUGGAACGGUCCCACCGGGGGACGAGGUGGUGGCCAGAAUCAGUGGAAUGGCAACCGCCGGCCGCAGCCGCUUGCGGACCAGCUCAGCUCAUUGAAGGAUUUAGUGAAUAAGCGACAAAAGUAGCAGUCCGCCCUCAAUUCAAUUUUAUGUUACAGUCACCUCUCGCGGGAGGUAGAGGAGGAGUGUGCCUUGGCUCUACUACCGUCCAGCAGCGUACGUUCCGUACACGCGGUCAUGAUCUUGAGAACAUAGGGAUCUUUACGCGAGUACCUUUUCAUCUCUUUGUGCUGAUGAAGCAUUUCUUGUGCCCGUAGCAGCUAACUUGAGUGGCUUGUUGUUUUUUACUCAGAUGAAGCAGAACUGAAGCUGAACAAGGGUAUCAAAUUGAAUAUGCAGUCAGUGAGAGGAUCAAAUAAUGCAUAAUGGGCGUGAAUGGCUGUAGAUGUAGUCGUGCUGCAGGCACAAGAAUGUCCCACACAUCAAAGAGAAACAU